AUAUUUUUUUAAAAGACGUUUUAAUCAUCUCUUUUUGUGGUUGUCACAUGCGUUGAUGAUGGCCACAAAUUCUUUGUCGCUCUUGCCAUUGGGAGGUAGAGGGUUUCCCCUUCCCUUUGAAGCUGGGCUGGCUCUGACCAAAUAACCAACAGAAGGCAGUGGAAGUAAUGCUGUGUCAGCUCUAGUACUGAGCCUGGGAGGCCUGGAAGCUUCUUUUGGCUUGGGGGAACCUGAGCUGCUAUGAGGAAGUUUAGAAAGACUAUGCGGAGAGACUCUGAAAGGAGGAGAAGCCUUGAGAGUCCCCGGAGAGGAAGAGAAGGCCAGCCAUCCCGGUACCCCAGCUGAGCCUCCGAAUGGUGCUAGCCCCAGCCGCUAUCCGACUGCAGCGCCGUGAGAGAUCCCAUGCAGAUCCCAAGAUCAGCAGAACUGCCCAGCUAAGAACCGUGCCUUCUACAUUCUCAGUUGAUUUGGUUCAGGUCAAGCUGUCCCCACCCACAAGCCCCAGGGGUGGAUCCAGGACCAGUCUGAGACACUUCAUCAUUGCUACUGCGCUCUGUUCAAGAGUGGACAUGUGAGCCAGCUGACAUCACGGAGUACAGUGGUUUCCACCCUAAUAGGGGCAGUUCAAAAUACCAUUCAUCAAUUAAACUCUCCCCUGAAGCCAGUUAGUGCAGUCCCGGGAUUCUCUCGGCUCCAGUCUUCCUGGCCUCCUCUGUGAUCUAGACAUGAAGAUCUCCGCCCCCCACGCCUACCUCGUAGAACGUGAACCGCAUGAAAAUUAUAAAUUAUAAGACCUAAUUAUGAGUGAUCAAAUCAAAUUCAUCGUGGACAAUCUCAAUAAGGAGCCUUUUAGGAAGAACUAUAACUUAAUCACAUUUGAUUCCCUGGAGCCAAUGCAACUAUUACAAGUUCUCAGUGAUGUUCUGGCUGAGAUUGACCCAAAGCAAGUUGUUGAUAUCAGAGAGGAGAUGCCAGAGCAGACAGCCAAAAGGAUGUUGAGCCUUCUUGGUAUCCUUAAAUACAAACCUCCAGGAAAUGCCACGGACAUGAGUAACUUUCGUCAGGGUCUGGUGAUUGGAAGUAAACCUGUGAUUUACCCAGUGCUCCACUGGCUUCUUCAGAGGACUAAUGAACUGAAGAAAAGAGCAUAUUUAGCUCGUUUUUUAAUAAAACUUGAGGUACCAAGUGAGUUUCUUCAGGAUGAAACCGUAGCUGAUACCAAUAAACAGUAUGAAGAUUUGAUGGAAGCCUUUAAAACUUUGCAUAAAGAAUGUGAGCAGCUCAAGACAUUUGGAUUUUCUACAGCAGAAAUAAGAAGGGAUAUCAGUGCAAUGGAGGAAGAAAAGGAUCAGCUCAUUAAGAGAGUUGAACGUUUGAAGAAAAGGGUGGAGACAGUUCAGAAUCAUCAACGGAUGCUUAAAAUAGCAAGGCAACUUCGAGUUGAGAAAGAGAGAGAAGAAUUUCUUGCACAACAGAAACAGGAACAAAAGAAUCAGCUAUUUCAUGCAGUGCAGAGACUGCAAAGAAUACAAAACCAGUUGAAAAGUAUGCGCCAUGCAGCAGCAGAUGCGAAGCCUGAAAGUUUAAUGAAGAGGCUAGAGGAGGAGAUAAAGUUUAAUUCAUAUAUGGUAACUGAAAAAUUUCCUAAAGAAUUAGAGAACAAGAAAAAAGAAUUGCAUUUUUUACAGAAAGUGGUUUCAGAGCCUGCUAUGGGUCAUUCUGAUCUUCUCGAACUUGAAUCUAAAAUAAAUGAAAUAAACACACAGAUCAGUCAGCUGAUUGAAAAGAAAAUGAUGAGAAAUGAGCCAAUUGAAGGCAAACUGUCACUAUAUAGGCAACAGGCGUCCAUCAUUUCUCGUAAAAAAGAAGCCAAAGCUGAGGAACUUCAGGAGGCAAAGGAGAAGUUAGCCAACCUAGAGAGAGAAGUGUCAGCGAAGACAAAUCAGACCCGUGAAUUUGAUGGCACCGAAGUUUUGAAGGGAGAUGAAUUCAAACGAUAUGUCAGUAAACUUCGAAGCAAGAGUACAGUUUUCAAAAAGAAGCAUCAGAUAAUAGCUGAAUUUAAAGCUGAAUUUGGUCUCUUGCAGAGGACAGAAGAACUUCUUAAGCAACGUCAUGAAAAUAUUCAACAUCAACUGCAAACUAUUGAGGAGAAAAAGGGUAUAUCUGGAUAUAGUUACACCCAAGAAGAGCUAGAAAGAGUAUCCGCCCUGAAGAGUGAAGUUGAUGAAGUGAAAGGACGAACACUGGAUGACAUGUCUGAAAUGGUGAAAAGACUAAAUUCUCUGGUAUCUGAAAAGAAAUCAGCUCUAGCUCCAGUUAUAAAAGAACUACGACAAUUGCGUCAGAAAUGUCAAGAAUUAACCCAGGAGUGUGAUGAAAAGAAAUCCCAGUAUGAUAGCUGUGCAGCAGGCCUUGAAAGCAAUCGGUCCAAAUUAGAACAGGAAGUCAGAGGACUCCGUGAAGAAUGUCUUCAAGACGAAAGUAGAUACCAUUAUACAAAUUGUAUGAUUAAGAACCUAGAAGUACAACUUUGUCGUGCUACUGAUGAAAUGAAGGCAUAUGUCUCUUCUGAUCAACAAGAAAAAAGAAAGGCAAUUAGGGAACAGUAUACCAAAAAUAUUGCUGAACAGGAAAAUCUUGGAAAGAAACUCCGGGAAAAACAAAAAGCUGUACGAGAAAGUCAUGGUCCAAAUAUGAAACAAGUGAAAAUGUGGCGUGAUUUUGAACAAUUGAUGGAAUGUAAGAAACAGUGCUUUCUGAAACAACAAAGCCAAACUUCCAUUGGUCAGGUAAUUCAGGAGGGAGGAGAGGACCGGCUGAUACUCUGAGUUCAUGUGUCAUUGUUUGGGGUUUUAGCUGAUACUGCUAGCUAUAAGCAUAAUCCCAUGGUGUAUUCCCUUUCUUGAAAGUGAUUUGUACAACAUUUUGCUUUCAGAUUAGCCAUUCCCUGUUAAGUUUUCUUGGAAAAUAAUGUUAAGGUAGAUUUAGGUUUUAAAAGUUUUUUAAUAUGGAAAAGAGUCUUUUAUUUUUUUGCUUAGUUUAGACAUAGUGGUGUCUUCUGUGUUUUAUGAGACAGGAGACUGAGUUUACUAUCUGUAAAUGUAAACAUAUGUCCAUUAAGAAACUGUAGGGUUUUUUUAACAUAAUAACCCAGUGGUUUAAUGUUUUUCUUAAUCUUUUUUUAACUUUAGAGGAAUCUUUUAGGAAUUAAUAUCUCUUGUUUUGAAGAAACAUUUAUCUGAAGUUCAGCAAUUCCUACAGUUUCACUUCAGUUUCUUUUUCUUAUGUAAAAUUCAAGAAGAUUUAUUAUUUUGAAUAACAUAUUUGUUCUAUUUGUAUUGUUUAAACACAAAUAAAACUUGGUGCACAUAUCAUGGCUAUUUAUUUAAAA